AUGAGCAUUUCUAGUAUUUUAAACAUUACAUCUGAUAGAAAUGACAAUGGAAGUAACACCAACAUAAGUAAUGUUAGUAAUAUUAGUAGUAACGACAAUCUUAGUUAUGGUAAUGGCAACCUUGGCAAUACCGAGAUCUAUAGUAGUGCUAUUGUUGAUAGUAGUGAAAAUAGUAGUAGCAACAUAUCCUUUUUUUUCCAUAACAUCAUCAAAAUGAUGAGCAUUUCUAGUAUUUUAAACAUUACAUCUGAUAGAAAUGACAAUGGAAGUAACACCAACAUAAGUAAUGUUAGUAAUAUUAGUAGUAACGACAAUCUUAGUUAUGGUAAUGGCAACCUUGGCAAUACCGAGAUCUAUAGUAGUGCUAUUGUUGAUAGUAGUGAAAAUAGUAGUAGCAACAAUGAAUUGGUGUUUUCAGAUGAUGAUCCAGAAUAUUUAAUGGAGAUUGAUGCAUUAAUCAGACACACGCUUAACACCACCACUAUUACUACCGUUUCUGCCUCAUUACAACCUGAUAAGAGUAAAACUAUUUUCAAAUGUAAAGUUCCUAGAUGUGAAAAGGUAUUCAACUCGUUAGGCUAUCUUAACAAGCACCAAUGUUUAAAGCAUCCAGAAAACGACACUUUUUAA